AUGCCGAAAUCUCUCAUCAUCCCGAAUGGCUUCAGAUCGGACGUCAAGUGUUUGAAGCCCACUGAAACGUUUAGCGGCGACGUUUUUUUGGAUCCGAUCCAUAUCGAUCAAGAUGCAGGCAUUGCCAAUGUCACAUUUACACCUUGCGCCCGAACACAUUGGCACACCCAUGAAAAGGGACAAAUGAUCAAAGUUGUCGCUGGUAGCGGCUGGGUCUGCGAUAAGGGCGGCAUUCCGCAGCGUCUAAAGACCGGAGAUGUUGUUUGGGCUCCGGCUGGAACUACUCACUGGCAUGGAGCAGAUGAUGGGAGCAUUAUGACCCACUUCGUCAUUGGGAUUGGGAGCACUGUAUGGCACGAAGCCGUGACUGAUGAGGAAUAUGGCCAAAAAGAUAAGCAUUGUGAAUAA